AUGAAGCUCCAAGUCGUGCUUUUCGCCAUCUCGGCCGUCUGUGUUUCCGCGGCUUGCCCCUCGGGAAAGAGGCCAAAGUCCUCCUCUGCGGCGGUAUCAACCACUGCCACAUUUUUGCCCUCCCAGGUCCCGGUGGCUGCGGCUGCAGCUGAGCCUUCUUCCGCAGACUCGGAUGGGUCAUCUAGCUCAUCGUCGAGCAGCUCGGAUGACUCAUCUUCCAGCAGCUCUGACGACUCAUCUUCCAGCAGCUCUGCCAACGUCUUGAGCGCCGCUGCUGUCUCCGGCACGUCCACCUUCUACGGGGGCAACCUCAACGGGGGAAUGUGCUCCUUCACCACAAUGUCCAGCCUCCCAUCCGGGCUGUACGGCACGGCCUUUUCUGGCUCCGCUUGGAACAGUGCUGCCGAGUGUGGUUCUUGUCUCGAGGUGACCGGACCCAACGGCAAGAUCAAAGUUAUGGUCGUCGAUCAGUGCCCUGAGUGUGAGGAGGGCCACCUGGAUCUCUUCCAGGACGGUUUCGCGAAAAUCGGAUCCAUCUCCGCCGGCAAGAUUGCCACAUCCUACACCAAGAUUCCUUGCGGCAUCACAUCGCCCAUCGUCCUCCACAACAAGUCUGGCGCCAGUGCCUCCUGGUUCUCCAUGCAGGCCGUCAACUCAAACACGCCCGUGUCUAAACUCGAGGUCAGCACCGACGGUGGGAGCACUUGGCAGGCCACCACUCGGACCAACUACAACUUCUUUGAGAAGUCGAGCGGAUUCGGCACGAGCACCGUUGAUGUUCGUUUGACCAGCGCGUCUGGCGGCAGUAUCAAAGUGAGCAAGGUCUCAGUUGCAUCGGACUCGAAGGUCACCGCGGCCUCGAAUUUCUCCUGA